AUGGCUUCUUCCCAUCAAAUAGCUCGUCGCCUGAUUCCAGCCACGGUCAGCCCGCUGGUGGCCUCCAGGCAGGCAUCCAGACAGCUUCUUCCUCGAAUCUCGCAGCGCGCCGCUUCAACCUCAGCGACGCAGCCUCUUCCAGUCUCCCGCCUGAAGACCUUCGUCUAUGCAACUACAGCAGCUCUCACCGGCUACGCAGUCUACGUCUACACAACAGAUACUCGUGCCUUUGUCCACCGCUACGUGGUUCCGCGGCUGUUGCGCGUAAUCUACCCCGAUGCUGAAGAAGCCCACAAUGCCGCCGUCUCGUCCAUGAAGAACCUGUACAGCCUGAACCUCCACCCGCGCGAGCGAGCAACAGCUUCGAGCUCUGACCCCGACAUCUCCGUCUCGGUAUUCGGUUCGCAGUUGGCGAACCCGAUUGGAAUCUCGGCCGGCCUGGACAAGCAUGCCGAGGUCCCUGAUGCGCUGUUUGCCCUGGGCGCCUCGGUUGUCGAAGUCGGUGGCUGUACACCACGCCCACAGGAUGGCAAUCCCAAGCCGCGCAUGUUCCGUGUACCUGGACUCGAUGGACUUAUCAACCGGUACGGACUGAACUCGCACGGCGCAGACGAUAUGGCGAUGCGCCUGCGGGAGCGAGUCCGCAGAUUCGCAAAGACCGUGGGACUGGACGAGGCGAGUGUUCUGAAUGGAGAGGCAAACGUGCCACCUGGAAGCUUGUUGCCUGGCCGCAUGCUGCUGGUUCAGAUUGCCAAGAACAAGGAGACGGACGAGCGUGAUGUGAAUGCUGUCAAGGGCGACUAUGUCUACUGCGUCCAGCGGCUAGCCAAGUACGCAGAUGUUCUAGUCGUCAACGUGAGCAGUCCGAACACGCCGGGACUGCGUGACCUGCAGGCCGUGGAGCCCCUGACGAGGAUCCUGAGUGCUGUGGUCGACGAGGCCCAAAAGGCAGACCGGAAGGUGAAGCCCAAGGUCAUGGUAAAGGUCUCGCCGGACGAGGAUGAAGAUACCCAGAUGGAAGGCAUUGUGCAGGCCGUGUGGUCGAGUGGCGUUGAUGGAGUCAUCGUUGGAAACACCACGAAGCGACGUACUGGAGUGAUCCCCCCGGGUGUCAAGAUCACCCCGAUGGAGCAGCAAAUCCUGACCGAGACGGGCGGUUACUCAGGUCCGAUGAUGUUCGAACGGACAGCGGACCUAGUCAAGCGGUACAGAAAGUUGUUGGAUGGUCAAUCGCUGCGCUCCGUCGAGAAGAAGGUGGUGACGGACGAGGCCGUGGACGCCAGCAUUGCGGCAAUCGAUGGUACGAUCACCGGGUUGCCGGAUGAGGGUAUGAAGCCCCAGCCUAAACCAGCAACGGACAAGUCGUUGGAGCAGAAGGUCAUAUUUGCUACCGGUGGUAUCACCAAUGGCCAGCAGGCCCUGAAGAUGCUCAACGCCGGCGCGAGCAUUGCCAUGGUAUACACUGGUCUCGUCUAUGGCGGUGCCGGUACUAUUACUCGCAUGAAGGAAGAGAUGAGAGAUGAAAUGGUCGAGCGAGAAGCAUAA